AGGGGGAAGGUCGUUGUUAUAAUCAUCGCCGCUGACAGUGAAAAGGUCAUCGCUAGCGAACCCGGCGUUGUUAAACUCCACGGUACCAGCAUCAACUCGUGUGAGAAACUUUAAUAAAAAAAAAUUAAACAUUUAAACCACUCUGAGUGUCAGAAUGGAGGUGAUUGAGUCGAUAGUCACGGACAGCAUCGAGGUGGAAAAUUCAACCAGCACAAUUUCAACGUCGAAAACAGAGUUUGUGUGGACGUUGCAGGCCACGUGGCACUUGGUGCGCGUUCGUCUGGACAUGGAGCCGGAGUUCGAUCAGCCCGUGUGUAAGAAGAAGAGGCUGUGGGAGAGCGUGGCCGAGCGAGUGACGGCGAGGUUAAGAGCCGAGGGCUACGCGGACGUCCCGGCCCGAGCCUUCGAGUGCGACCUGAAGUGGAGGAACAUGUUAGCGACGUACAGGAAGAACGCAGAGCGCGCUAAGCGCCUCGGAGCGCACGGCGUGCACUGGGAGUUCUUCAGGGCCAUGCACGAGGUUCUCGGCCGCAGCUACGAGGAGAUCGAGGCUCAGCGCAAAGCCAAGCUGAGCAACACCAAGCUGGGGAAAGCCAUGGCGAGUAAACGCUACACGCCCAUCCUGCCCACGCCCGCUCUCACGCCCCCCGCCCCAAGCCCCGCCCACAGCCCCGCCCCAAGCCCCGCCCGGCCUCCCCAGGACGUUCUGCAGCUGUACCUGGAGCUCCAGGAGCGCAAGCUGAACAUGUGGGCUCAGCAGAAAGCACUGGAGGAGAGGAAGAUCGAAGCCAUCAACAACCUGGCGCGUGCCAUCAGCAGCCUGGCGCAGGACGCAGCGACCACGCCCAAAAACGCCGCCGUCUCAGACUCACUCGCUUCCCUUUCCUCUCAGCGUUAAACACUCAGACUCGUUUAUUCCUUUAUGGGUUUGGAAUCACGACUCGGAUCCUCAGCUCCAGUAUUUUACUUCCUGAUUCAGCUGCUCAAGAGUGUGUGUGUGCGCGCGCGUGCGUGAGAGAGAGACACACACCUCAAAUAAAUUCCAGGAAGAAAUAUCAGCUUGCGUAGUAUUUCCAGAACAUUCUAAUAAAUUAUCAACUUCA